AAAGAAUGAUUCAACAGUUGUUGUCAUACAGUCUCCAUUAGCACAACAAAAAUCAUAUCAACAACAGAUGCUAGCAGUGGAUAAGGAGCAUCACUGCACAGCCAUCGCCCCUCCCCUUCAAAAUGAAACGUCAUUGUGGGUGUAACCUAUCAGAAACCUCCCAUCCAGAUGAAGCUGCUGCAGCUUUGAGAGCGCAGGAAGAGGAAGAGGAAGGACGUACUGCUGAGGCAGUGCGGGCAUGGGGAAUGCACAGGAGAAGCCUCCCGACAGUAGGGGACCAGAUCGGACCACCACAACAGCAGUGGGGGCCAUGGAAAACAGGAGAAGAACCAAGGUGAUACCUAAUGGGAACGACGAGGGCACCCAGUCUCCCCGGUGCCAUGCAGCGGAUGAAAGUUAUCUGGAUGCCCCAGCUGGGGGUCUCCCUCCUCACCUGGCCCGCAUCAAAAACGAGGGCAACUACCUCUUUAAGCACGGACAGUUUGGGGACGCCCUGGAGAAGUACAGCCAGGCCAUUGACGGAUGUGCUCAAGCAGGCAUCAGCAACCCAGAGGACUUGUGCAUUCUGUACUCCAACCGGGCCGCUUGCUACCUAAAGGACGGCAACAGCGCUGACUGCAUUGAGGACUGCACCAAGUACGUUUGUGAUGUGGCUUUGCAACUGCAGCCGUUCUUCCUGAAGGCGCUGUUGCGCAGAGCCAUGGCCUAUGAGACGCUGGAGCGCUACAGCAAGGCCUACGUGGAUUACAAAACGGUCCUGCAGAUCGACACCGGCGUGCAAGCGGCGCACGACAGCGUCCACAGGAUCACCAGGAUGCUAAUUGAGCAGGAUGGGCUUGAGUGGCGGGAGAAGCUUCCGGAGAUUCCCACCGUCCCACUGGCGGUGCAGCGGGAACACCGCGAGAAACCCGCUAGCGUCCAGCAGGCCCAAGCCAGGGCGGCCCGGGCCUUGCAGGAGGAAGCCAGGCGAAAAGAGUCCCGCUUGAGUGUGUUGAAACACGAAGGCAACGGGCUGGUGAAGGAGGGUCACUUUGAGGACGCUCUCCACAAGUACAGCCAAUGCCUCGCCUUAAAACCAGACGACUGUGCCCUCUUCACUAACAGAGCCAUCUGCCUGCUGAAGCUGAGCCGCUUCCAAGAGGCCAAGCAGGACUGCGACUCUGCUCUACGCUUGGAGCCCGCCAACAAGAAAGCCUUCUACAGACGAGCGCUGGCCCACAAGGGUCUGCAGGUGCCCGCCUGUGAUUGCAGUACUGUACUUAAAAUGGAGAGGAUGCAUCCAAGCCAUACAUGUCGAAUGACUACUUAUCGGCCAGCGGUGACCUGCAGGAGGUCCUCCAACUGGACCCCAACGUCAAGGAGGCGGAUCAGGAGCUACUGGAGGUCACCGCCCUGCUGAGACAAAGCCUCAUGGACGACGCAGCGCACACGUAGAGCGAUGUGAUGAUGAGGUGCAGUUGUUUGCUCCAUGCAGACUGUCAAGUGUGAAAACCUCCACGGCUGUCGUGACUGGCAAAUUCAGAAGGGGCACAGAGCGUUGUCAGCACAAGAUGUCUGUUGUGGUGCAGUCACGAGUGUCGGCGGGGGCGGCGUCUUCGGCAAUAUACAGAACCUCGCUAAGCGAAG